AUGUAUCUUGAUGAGGAUACUUUAAAAAUUAAGGGAUGUGAGUCGGUGAUAGAUUCUGUAUUUAAGGCAAUCGGCAUUCACCAAUUGCAAUUCCCGGAGAAGCAACAACACAAGUAUGAUUUGGUAGAGCUACAAAUAGGGAAGAACUGUGGUUCGCUUACCGUAUUGCCGUUGGAUGCCUUUCCCAAUCUCAAGAAUCUCGGGAUACAUAGGUCUGGUAAUCUGGAAUCAAUUUCAAUGUCAGAGCCACCACAUGCUUCUCUUCAACAUCUCUCCAUCUGUGAAUGUCCCGAAUUUGUGUCAUUUCCAGCACAAGGACUGGCUGCACCCGACUUGACUGAUCUCGAAGUUUUCAGGUGCUCAAAGUUGGUGGCAUUGCCACGUGGCAUGAAUACUCUCCUCCCCAAUUUACAGUUUCUCAACAUACAAGAUUGCCCAAAGAUUUCCAGGUUUCCAGAGUGUGGUUUGCCGCCUAACUUGAAACAGCUUACUGUCGGGAGACAAUGGAGGGAUCUAUUGCCGACGGGCAACUUGGAUGCCCUCACUCAUCUCACCAUUAUUGAUGAUUGUGGGUGUCAAAGCAUGAUAAAGUCAUUCCCAGAGGUGGGUUCGCUGCCUCACCUUCCCUCCCUUACCACUCUCAACAUAUGCAGGUUCUAUAAUCUGGAGACAUUGGAGUGCAACGAGCUUCUCCGCCUCACCUCCCUUCAACAAUUAAUAAUUCAACAAUGUUGGAGGCUGGGGAAUAUGGAAGGAGAAAAGCUGCCUCCCUCUAUCUUGCUACUCAAAAUUGAAUACUGUGAUUUGCUGGGCGAACACUGCAAGAAUAAGCAUCAACAGAUUUGGCCCAAAAUUUCUCACAUCCCGACCAUUGAAGUUGAUGGCCAACAAAUUUUCUGAAUAGAGAUUUCUGAGCAGGUAGCAUAUACUGAGGUACAAGUUCCCAGAUGGUUGAGAUUUCAGCAUAUAAUCUUAUACGGAAUCAGAAGAGGUGAUUUCUAUUUUAGCUUCGGGUCGGAGAAUAUGGAAGGAGAAAAGCUGCCUUCCUCUCUGUUACUACUUCAAAUUCAAGACUGUCCUUUGCUCGGAGAAUCCUGCAAGAAGAGUUGCAGCUAAACUCCGCAUGAAGGUAAAUAUGAACUUGAUGGAUCUAUAGCUAUUGAAUUUGAAAUUGCUCUAUCUCUUAGCAUUUCUUUUAGUACCAACUCAAAUAUAUU